UACCAAGAUGACUUUAAAAAAAAUUUGUAGUUAAUUAGAUAAUUAGAUAAUUAAUUCUAGAAGUAUAGAUAUGUCAUCUAAAGUUAUUCUUCGACCAAAUUACUUUGCUAAAUCAAUAAAGAGUAAUGGUAUUGUUGCCCCAUACUUAAUGACAAGAUCAUUAAUUAGAAAUUUUCAUGAUACUCCUAAUAAGCAGAAUACAACUUUAGGUAAUCUUAAUUUCCCACCUCAAAAUCAUAGUACUAAUACAACAUCUGUAACUACUGAAACUAUUAAACCUUUAAGUCAUACAAAAUCAAAAUUAGCAUCAAAUAUUCAAACUGAAUAUUUAAAGGAUUUUAAUAAUUCAGAAAUAUUUUCAAAUUUUGUUAUUGGAUUAUGUACUUUAAAUAAACCAAUUUUAAAUUUUUGUAUUAAAGUAUUUCCUUAUGUUCCAAUUCCAAUUAUUAAAGCUUUAGUUUAUAAAAUUUAUUGUGGAGGAGAAACUAUUGAACAAGUUAAACAAGCAGGUAAAAGAUUAUCUGAACGAGGUAUUAAUAAUAUGAUGAUUUCUUUAACUAUUGAAGCAUGUGAAGGUAAUGAUAAUGUUGAUCCAAAAUAUAUUGUUGAUGAAACUGUUAGAUCAGUUAAAGAAAUUUUAGUACCUCAUACUUUAAAAAUUAUUAAAGAAUCAGGUAAAGAUAUUAAUUCAAUACCUCCUGGUUAUGUUGCAUUAAAGCCAACUGGUUUUGCUGAAGAUGCUGCAAGAGUUUUAAAACAUUUUAAUAAAGAUAAUGAAUCAGCUAAAAAAUUUGAAGAAUUAGUUGAAAAGGCAGCCAUUGUUUGUCAAACAAUUUAUGAUGCAAAUAAACAAUUAUCAAUUGAAUACCCCCAAAGAACUGCACCAUUUGUUGUUGGAGUUAUUGAUGCUGAAAAGCAUGAUUUACAAGAAGGAGUUUAUGAAUUACAAAGAAGAUUAUAUGCAAAAUUUAAUAAACUUAAUGAACCAAUUUCAGUAGUUGGAACUUUACAAAUGUAUUUAUCACAAUCUGCUGAUUUAUUAAGUUUAGAAGAAAGUUUAGCAAAAGAAAAUAAUUACAGAUUAGGAUUAAAAUUAGUUAGAGGAGCUUAUAUUCAUUCAGAAAAGAAUAGACCAAGUAUAAUUCAUAAAUCCAAAGAAGAUACAGAUGCAAAUUAUAAUCAAGGAAUUUCUUAUGUUAUUGAUUCAAUUUUAGAAAAUAAAUCUAAUGAGAAAACUAUUGGACAUUUAGUUGUAGCAUCUCAUAAUGGAGAAUCAAUGAAAUUAGCCACGACAAAAUUAUAUAAUUCUACUAAUAAAGAUAAUAAAAAUAAGAAUAAUGUCGUGUUAGGUCAAUUAUUAGGUAUGGCAGAUAGUAUAACUUAUAAUUUAAUUAAAAAUUAUAAAGUUGAUAAUGUUAUUAAAUAUGUUCCAUGGGGUCCACCAUUAGAAACUAAAGAAUAUUUAUUAAGAAGAUUAGAAGAAAAUGGUGAUGCAGUUAAGAAUGAUAAUGGAUUCCCAUUAGUUAAAGCAUCAAUUUCUGUUUUAUUUAGACGUCUCUUUGGUUUAGCUUAGAUAUACAAGUAGAUACUAAAAAUAUUUAUAAUGAUAAUGAAUACUUAAAAUAUUUUAAAAA